AUGUCCAACGUCGCUAGGUCCGGCAUCACCACCGAUGCUCAAACCGGCGAACGAUACAUUCCCUCCUCAGUCCGUGCCGACGGUUCUAAACGCAAGGAGAUCCGCGUGCGCCCUGGCUACAAACCCCCCGAGGAUAUCGAACUUUACAAGAACCGAGCUGCGGCAGCAUGGAAGAGCCGCGCAAAAGGUGGGGUGCCGGGUGCGGAAGCAUUGAGCACCGAAGACAAGACCAAGACCGCAGCAAUACCUACAGCCACCACUACCACUGCGGCCAGCAACAAGAACGCCAAACGCCGUGAGGCUAAGCGUAAUGCAAAGGAAAACGAAGAAGCCGGUCCCCUCACGGAGGGCAAGGGCGCAGAGUCAAGCAACUGGCGUGUCCCCGCACCCGCACCUAAGAAGCAAGAAAAGCCUGCCGAAGAGCUUAUUGAUCCAGAAGCCGAGAGGGAGAAGAAAGCCCGCAACCUGAAGAAGAAGCUCCGCCAGGCACGGGAUCUACGCGAUAAGAAACAGCAGGGAGAGGCGCUAUUGCCCGAGCAGUUGGAGAAAGUCAUCAAAAUUCAGGAACUUGUUCGGCAGCUAGAUAUGUUGGGCUUCGACUCCAAUGGUGACAAAAAGGAUGGUGAUAGCAAUGAGAAUGCUUGA